CGGAGGCGCUGCGCGACGUGGCCGUCGCCGCCCAUCAGCAGGUGGCUUUUCUUUUUAAUGCAGUAGUGUCAUUACCUGGCUGAAGACUAAACAUGAGAAUAGCAGGUGCUGCAAAGUUGAUAGUAGUCAUAGCAAUAUUUUUAUUGACAUUUUAUGUCAUAUCUCAAGUGUUUGAAAUAAAAAUGGAAGCAAACUUAGGACACAUAUUUGCUAGAUCAGCAUUGGAUGCAGCUGCACGCUCUACAAAACCUCCAAGAUACAAAUGUGGGAUCUCUAAAGCUUGUCCUGAAAAACAUUUUGCAUUCAAAAUGGCAAGUGGAGCAGCAAAUGUAGUUGGACCUAAAAUUUGCGUAGAAGAUAACGUAUUAAUGAGUGGAGUUAAAAAUAAUGUUGGCAGAGGAAUAAAUGUGGCCUUAGUCAAUGGUAAAACAGGAGAACCGUUAGACACUAAAUUCUUUGACAUGUGGGGAGGAGAUGUGGCACCAUUUAUUGAAUUUCUCAAAUCCAUACAGGAUGGAACCAUUGUGCUAAUGGGAACAUACGAUGAUGGUGCAACCAAGCUUAAUGAGGAAGCACGGAAACUGAUUGCUGAACUGGGCAGCACAUCUAUCACUAACCUUGCCUUUAGAGACAAUUGGGUCUUCUGUGGUGGAAAAGGAAUUAAAACUAAAAGUCCUUUUGAGCAGCACAUAAAGAACAACAAGGACACAAACAAAUACGAAGGCUGGCCAGAAGUUGUUGAGAUGGAAGGUUGUAUCCCUCAGAAGCAAGACUAAACCUACAGAAAAGGAAAGAAAGAAAAUGCACUUUCUGCUAUUAUUAGGGAGAGGGCUAUGAAGGAGACUGUACUGUAAAUAAUAUUUUUAAAGCAUGCAGCCAUCCUGUCGGUGUGUGCAUGAGCACUGACAUCUUGAAUAUUGGGAUUAUUUAUUGCUAACACACAUAAAAUCCUUUUUGUAAAUACGUUCAAAGUAAAAGGAACAUCAAAUAAUUUCUAAACAGGUUUCUUAAAAGCACAGUAUUUAGUUUGCCUAUGGUGAGUAUCUUGUAGACCAACUGGCUAAUAAAUUGCAUAUGCCAAUAAUAAACAGAUCUGGACAAAUGUUGUACUGUCUUCUAACAUUGCUGUGAGAAUGUAACCUUUGUGGAAAAUACAGAUUUUAGAGAUAAGUUAAUAAAGAGCUUUAAUUUUUUUUAUCCUCUGCCUUUUUAAUGGCAGCAUUGCUUUUUACUGAAGGUAUUUGGUUAUUCUAAUACCAAGUGCUAAAAAAAAAUAAAUAAAUAUUUUGUAGUCUCCCACCAAAACUGAAUAAUCUGCAAAGGAGGAAAACAUGAUAGUGAAAUACAGAUAUGCCAUGAAAAGCACAAUAUAAGUUACUUUUACUAGGGGAAGAGCAAAGGUAAAUGCACAAAUAGCGUAUGUGAUACUUAAAAGCAGCUUGGAAGGAUUGUUGAUCAGCUUGAAAAUAGUACUUUCUAUGUAGAAGAGACUUGGCAUGUUAAACAACAGUACUUGUUCAAGUGACUUGUUCAUUAUUUUUGUAACAAUUUUUGUACUGUUGUUUAACCACUGAGUCUACCUGUUCAGCCCUGCUGGCUAGUCACAUUGUAAUGGGAUGCUUUCCUGCUGUAGUUGUAAUCCUAGAAAUAAAUUUUCCAUCGCAAAGAAACCAGCAGAAAGCAGUCUGCCUUCUAGUGAAAGUUGUCCAGGCUACAGUAUUAUGUAUCUUUACUGCUUGUGUUACAUCUAAUGUGGGGUCAUUUGUGCUUACAGUGAUAUUAGAGAAAGUGUUGCAUCUUUGGUUAUGCAAUCUAUGAUAUUCAAACUUAAGUGACAAUGCAUUUUCAUUUUUUUUU